AUGGAGGCAGAGAAAGACUCUGGAAGAAGAUUGCGCCCGAUUGACCGCCAGAGAUACGACGAGAACGAGGACUUGUCGGACGUGGAGGAGAUCGUCAGCGCCCGCGGCUUCAGCCUGGAGGAAAAGCUGCGCAGCCAGCUGUACCAGGGGGAUUUCGUGCACGCCAUGGAGGGCAAAGAUUUCAACUAUGAGUAUGUGCAGAGAGAAGCUCUCAGAGUUCCCCUGGUAUUUCGAGAAAAGGAUGGCCUGGGAAUUAAGAUGCCUGACCCUGAUUUCACAGUCCGAGAUGUCAAACUCCUAGUGGGUAGCCGGCGGCUGGUGGAUGUGAUGGACGUGAACACCCAGAAAGGAACGGAGAUGAGCAUGUCCCAGUUUGUGCGGUACUACGAGACGCCCGAGGCCCAGCGGGACAAGCUGUACAACGUCAUCAGCCUUGAGUUCAGCCACACCAAACUGGAGCACCUGGUCAAGCGGCCCACCGUGGUAGACCUGGUGGACUGGGUGGACAACAUGUGGCCUCAGCACUUGAAGGAGAAGCAGACGGAAGCCACGAAUGCCAUUGCAGAGAUGAAGUACCCGAAAGUGAAGAAGUACUGUCUGAUGAGUGUGAAGGGUUGUUUCACUGACUUCCACAUCGACUUUGGAGGCACUUCCGUUUGGUACCAUGUUUUCCGGGGUGGGAAGAUCUUUUGGCUGAUUCCUCCAACCUUGCACAAUUUGGCACUGUAUGAGGAGUGGGUGCUGUCAGGCAAACAGAGCGACAUCUUCCUGGGAGACCGUGUGGAGCGAUGCCAAAGAAUUGAGCUGAAACAAGGCUACACGUUUUUCAUCCCUUCCGGCUGGAUCCAUGCAGUCUACACUCCCGUAGACUCUCUGGUGUUCGGCGGGAACAUCCUGCACAGUUUCAACGUGCCCAUGCAGCUGCGGAUCUACGAGAUCGAGGACAGAACGCGGGUGCAGCCAAAAUUCCGUUACCCCUUCUACUAUGAGAUGUGCUGGUAUGUCUUGGAGAGAUACGUGUACUGUAUGACCCAGCGGUCCUACCUCACUCAGGAAUACCAGAGAGAAUCAAUGCUUAUUGAUGCCCCAAGAAAGCCCAGCAUAGACGGCUUCUCGUCUGAUUCCUGGCUGGAGAUGGAGGAGGAGUCCUGUGAGCAGCAGCCUCAGGAGGAGAAGGAGGAGGAGGAGGAGGAGGAGGAGGGGGAGGAGGGUGCAGAGAAGACCCCCAGAGCAUCUGCCGACGGCCCUGCCUCACCCACCAGCGCCCCGGCCGAGGACCAGGAGGCCCCCGGGAAGAAGCCCAAAGCCCCUGCCAUGCGGUUUCUCAAAAGGACUCUGUCGAACGAGUCAGAGGACAGCGUGAAGUCCGCCACGAUGCCCGCCGACUACCCCAAGACGCCCACGGGCUCUCCUGCCACUGAGGUCUCUGCCAAAUGGACCCACCUCACCGAGUUUGAACUGAAGGGCCUGAAAGCUCUGGUGGAGAAACUUGAAUCCCUCCCGGAGAACAAGAAGUGUGUCCCCGAGGGCAUCGAGGACCCCCAGGCCCUCCUGGAGGGUGUGAAGAAUGUCCUGAAGGAGCACGCGGAGGACGACCCCAGUCUGGCCAUCACUGGGGUCCCUGUAGUCACUUGGCCAAAGAAGACUCCAAAGAACCGGGCGGUAGGUCGGCCCAAGGGGAAGCUGGGUCCGGCCUCCGCGGUGAAGUUGGCCGCCAACCGGACCACGGCGGGAGCUCGCCGGCGCCGGACGCGAUGCCGCAAGUGCGAGGCCUGCCUGCGGACGGAGUGCGGCGAGUGCCACUUCUGCAAGGACAUGAAGAAGUUCGGGGGCCCCGGGCGGAUGAAGCAGAGCUGCAUCAUGCGGCAGUGCAUCGCGCCAGUGCUGCCCCACACCGCCGUGUGCCUGGUGUGUGGCGAGGCAGGAAAAGAGGAUACCGUGGAAGAGGAAGAAGGCAAGUUUAACCUCAUGCUCAUGGAAUGCUCCAUCUGCAAUGAAAUCAUCCACCCUGGAUGCCUUAAGAUUAAGGAGUCAGAGGGCGUGGUCAACGAUGAGCUUCCAAACUGCUGGGAGUGUCCCAAGUGUAACCACGCCGGCAAGACCGGGAAACAAAAGCGUGGCCCUGGCUUUAAGUACGCCUCCAACCUGCCCGGCUCCCUGCUCAAGGAGCAGAAGAUGAACCGGGACAACAAGGAAGGGCAGGAGCCUGCCAAGCGGAGGAGUGAGUGUGAGGAGGCACCCCGGCGCAGGCCCGACGAGCACCCCAAGAAGGUGCCCCCCGACGGCAUCCUGCGCCGAAAGUCGGACGACGUGCACCUGAGGAGGAAGCGGAAAUACGAGAAGCCCCAGGAGCUGAGUGGACGCAAGCGACUAAAACCUGGCAAAGAAGAUAAGCUUUUCAGGAAAAAGCGGCGGUCCUGGAAGAACUCCGAGGACCGGAUAACUCUGGCCAACAAGCCUCUCCGGCGGUUCAAGCAGGAACCAGAGGAGGACCUGCCCGAGGCGCCCCCCAAGACCAGGGAGAGCGACCACUCUCGCUCCAGCUCCCCCACCGCCGGGCCAAGCACUGAGGGUGCGGAGGGGCCCGAGGAGAAGAAGAAGGUGAAGAUGCGGCGGAAGCGUCGGCUCCCCAACAAGGAGCUGAGCAAGGAGCUGAGCAAGGAGCUGAACCAGGAGAUCCAGAAGACGGAGAGCAGCCUGGCCCAGGAGAACCACCAGCCCAUCAAGUCGGAGCCUGAGAGCGAGAACGAGGAGCCCAAGCGGCCCCUGGGCCUCUGCGAGCGCCCCCACCGCUUCAGCAAGGGGCUCAACGGCACCCCCCGGGAGCUGCGGCACCAGCUGGGGCCCGGCCUGCGCAGCCCGCCCCGAGUCAUCUCCCGGCCCCCUCCCUCCGUGUCCCCGCCCAAGUGCAUCCAGAUGGAGCGACAUGUGAUCCGGCCGCCCCCCAUCAGCCCCCCGCCCGACUCGCUGCCCCUGGAUGACGGGGCGGCCCACGUCAUGCACAGGGAGGUGUGGAUGGCCGUCUUCAGCUACCUCAGCCACCGAGACCUGUGUGUCUGCAUGCGGGUCUGCAAGACCUGGAACCGCUGGUGCUGCGAUAAGCGGUUAUGGACCCGCAUCGACUUGAACCACUGCAAGUCCAUCACGCCCCUGAUGCUAAGCGGCAUCAUCCGGCGACAGCCUGUCUCCCUGGACCUCAGCUGGACCAAUAUCUCCAAGAAACAGCUGAGCUGGCUCAUCAACCGGUUGCCUGGGCUCCGAGACUUGGUGCUGUCUGGCUGCUCAUGGAUCGCAGUCUCCGCCCUCUGUAGCUCCAGCUGUCCGCUGCUCCGGACCCUGGAUGUCCAGUGGGUAGAAGGACUGAAGGAUGCCCAGAUGCGGGACCUCCUAUCCCCGCCUACAGAUAACAGGCCAGGUCAGAUGGACAAUCGGAGUAAGCUCCGGAACAUCGUGGAGCUGCGUCUGGCCGGCCUGGACAUCACGGACGCCUCCCUGCGGCUUAUCAUCCGCCACAUGCCCCUGCUCUCCAAGCUCCACCUCAGUUACUGUAACCACGUCACUGACCAGUCCAUCAACCUGCUCACUGCUGUGGGCACCACCACCCGGGACUCCUUAACUGAAAUCAACCUGUCAGACUGCAAUAAGGUAACUGACCAGUGCCUGUCUUUCUUCAAACGCUGUGGGAAUAUCUGUCACAUUGACCUGAGGUACUGCAAGCAAGUUACCAAGGAAGGCUGCGAGCAGUUCAUAGCUGAAAUGUCUGUUAGUGUCCAGUUCGGACAAGUGGAAGAAAAACUCCUGCAAAAACUGAGUUAG